UCAUGGUUUAAGGUCCGGCACACAUACCCUGAUUGACAACCUGCAAAUAAUUCGUCGUUUUGGGAAAAAUCCAUUAGAAGGAGAAGGCGUCGAUUUAAAAUGGGAGAAGCCGAUAUCAGAUAUUUAUACUGGAUUUACAUAAGCAGAUAAGGAGCUAACCAGCAACACGUUUGUUACCUUUAGUAGUUAGUAGAAAGGCACGACUGAAGUCGCCUGCGUUCUCUCCCUCUCCGGGGCCAAGUUUCUACUUUCUACUACACUGAUAUAAAUGGCGACCGCGGCCGCAACCUGUUGGUUCACAGCGCUCACCUCCGCCACCGGCCCUUCCCGUUACUCCCUAACCUCACAACGUUUUUUCGCCACCACUUUAAGACGGCACUCUCAUUUAAUAGCUCCCAAUUCCGAAACUAAUCAAAAUGCCGAAACUCAUGCUGCUAUCAAUCCAAAUCGCAAGAGCAGAACCUCCAAGAAACCACUCCCUUCCUCUCCGCGUAAAUCCAGCGCACAGAAGGAAGCCAUUGGUCAGAGGUUUCCUGGGACGUCAAAAGAUGAGGUACAUUUCUCGCGUGCUGAUGCCAGGAGUAGUAAAACAGUACGAUCCCAACGGAAUCAACCUGUUGCCUUCAAAUCCUUUGGUCUGCAGAAAAAAGGAAACAAAGGAGGCAAUAAUGUGUUUGAUAUAAAAGAGCAACAGGUUGAAACAGGUAAUUUUCAAGAUGCAGCUUUUCUUAAUGCUGUUGUAAAGGUGUACUGCACACACACUGCACCAGAUUAUUCGCUUCCUUGGCAGAAACAGAGACAAUAUACGAGUACUGGAAGUGCCUUCAUGAUCGGUGAUGGGAAGCUUUUGACCAAUGCACAUUGUGUUGAACAUGACACACAGGUCAAGGUGAAGAGAAGGGGAGAUGAUACCAAAUAUGUGGCUAAGGUUUUGGCUAGGGGAAUAGAGUGUGAUAUGGCUUUACUCUCGGUAGAGAGCACAGAAUUCUGGGAAGGAGCAGAGCCACUUCAUUUUGGACGCUUGCCUCGGCUGCAGUGUCUAUUCUUUUUGCGCUAG